CCUCUCGCCAAUGUGUGGAUUUCAAUUUCUCUUCUAACCGUUGGUAGGCGGCGGCGAUCUUUGAAAGUUAAAAGAGUCAGUCGAAGAGAAAAAGAGAGACGUAUUAUUAGGAAGAGAGGAUAGAGAUUACAGAACACCCCGUGUGCCUCCACCUAACUGCAGAACAACAAGUAGCUGUUCGAUCAUCUAGAACUCAUUGAGGGCUUCGAUUCCGAUCUCUGUGCCUGAUUUGUGAAACAUGGGUAGGAGAUGGAGAUUAAGUUAGUUUGGAAGUAGUUAUGAGAUUUAAUUUUGGGUACAGUGAUGAUCGGUGCACUAGAGGCUUAGAAGCUAAGGUGUUCUGUUUAAGAGGGUAAGAUGCCAUCUUCUUACUGGUCGAAAGUUAGGACUGCGGUGCAGAGAUCGAUUGUAGGUCAGGAAGGUGUUCUUCAGGACUCGCUAGACGGGUUGAUUGGUCAGGGGAAGUUGUUGUUUGGGAAUUCUAGGUUGUUCCAGUCGAGGCCGUUUUCGGCUGUUUCAGACCUGCAGGCAUUUCUGCCACAAGGUAUUGUUGUUGCUGCGAGGUCCGACUCGCAGAGAAAGCAGAUUUCUGUUGUUGGGGAGAUUUCGCGGAUCAUUUCGACUCCCUCUGUGUCGGGGCCUUCGUUCCAAGUUUGUGGGUAUCAUAUUGAUUCUGUGCUUUCGGAUUCUGGUCAGUUUCGGAAUAAAGCCAUGGCUUUUUGCGGUUCUAAAGCUUUAGUUGGGGGGUGUUCCCCGGAUACUUCGAGGCGUGGGCUCUUUUCAAUGUUACCGGAAAGUGCUGGUGCAUGUUAUAACAACAGAAGUAAAAGCUCUGUUGGUUUCCAGAAAGCCAGCAUGAGUUUGAAGAACAAUGGGCAGCCAAAUACUAAUGCCACUUUUGGAUAUUUCAUAUAUGAAGUUGGGAAGAGAUGGUGUAAUAACUUCCCAUUAAACGGAUUCGGCUCAAGAGAGUUUCAUAGUUCAUCCACAUGCUUAUCUGCUGGGACUGCCCAGGAUGUGUCUUUUGAUAAUUCUGCUCCUGAGGAGCAGCUUUCAAGUUCUGCAGAUUCAUCUGAUCAGAAAAACACAGAUGCAAAGUCCUUAAAACUAAGUUCAGGAUCAUGCUACUUGCCCCAUCCUGAUAAAGAGGAUACUGGUGGGGAGGAUGCUCACUUCAUAUGUGUGAAUGAACAAGCAAUAGGGGUGGCUGAUGGUGUUGGUGGCUGGGCAGAUCUUGGUGUUAACUCAGGAUUGUAUUCCCGAGAACUCAUGUCUAAUUCUGUAACAGCUGUUCAGGAGGAACCCAUAGGUUCAGUUGAUCCUGCUAGGGUGUUGGAGAAAGCUCACUCCAGCACAAAAGCCAGAGGUUCCUCAACAGCAUGCAUCAUAGCACUCACAGAACAGGGUAUACAUGCAAUCAAUUUAGGUGAUAGUGGGUUUAUAGUUGUGCGAGACGGGUGCACUGUUUUCAGAUCCCCUGUGCAGCAGCAUGAUUUUAACUUCACUUAUCAACUGGAGAAUGGAGUCAAUAGCGAUUUACCUAGCUCUGGCCAGGUUUUUACGGUUCCUGUUGCUCCUGGGGAUGUUAUAGUUGCUGGAACUGAUGGCCUCUUUGACAACUUGUAUAACAACGAGAUUACCGCAGUUGUGGUUCAUGCCAUGAGAGCUGGAUUAGGGCCUCAGGUGACAGCUCAAAAGAUUGCAGCAUUGGCACGCCAACGAGCGCAGGAUAGAGACCGGCAGACACCCUUCUCCACCGCUGCUCAAGAUGCUGGUUUCCGUUACUAUGGCGGCAAACUCGAUGAUAUCACAGUUGUAGUUUCGUAUGUUACCAGUUCGAGCGAUUCAUGAACAAGAUCGAACACUCAUAUGUACAUGGACACAUCGUAUUUCAGUUACAUUUUCAUUGCCCCACUCAGUGUUAGAGAAUCAAAGCAUUCUCAGUGACAGGCUUAUUGUAAAAGCAAAAUGGCAUUGGGCCUGUUUUUGUCUGUCAUUCCUAUUUUGGCCACUCUGCUCUUUUAGAUAGAUAAAUGAGUGUACGCACUCUUCUUGGUUCUGAAUGAAACUUUCCAAAAGCAUAAGCUUGAUGUUUUAUCGGAUUAGAUUCCGGAUAGCAGUUUGCUACUAU